AUGGAAGUAAGAGUACUGAGCAUCCUCCUCCUCCUGGUGGGCUUGACAGCUGUCCAUGGUAGUGGUUCAUAUAUAGUGAAGAAGGUCAUGAAGGCCCCCCCCCAGUACCAGCCCUACUCUGUGAAGAGCCACGUGGUGUCAGUGGCAGGAGAGCCCGGUACCCCAGGUGAGCCCGGCCCAGAGGGCCCCCCUGGCCCACCUGGCCCCGCAGGGGAAAGAGCUGUGGGACAGCCCGGACCAGAGGGCCCUGCCGGACCACCCGGACCUGCUGGCUACUCCGCACCUGGCAAACCUGGCUCCCCGGGUGGUCCUGGUAAGCCUGGUGUUCCUGGUGCAGCUGGCGAGAAAGGAAAGAUGGGGGCAGCUGGACUUCAGGGUCCCAGGGGCAUGCCUGGACCUGCUGGAAGCCCCGGACCUGCUGGAAUCUCUUCCACCGGCAUACCUGGACCUCACGGUCUGCCCGGAGCAAUGGGACCAAGGGGGGAAACAGGUCUUAAGGGACAUCCAGGUGUGCCUGGUUUGUCAGGAGCUAAAGGGGACAGAGGAGUGGGUAUCCCAGGGGCACAAGGUGAGACAGGGGCUGUGGGACCUAUGGGACCAGCUGGGCAGCCUGGAGCAGUCGGUGUUGGAAAGACAGGCAAGCCAGGAUUCCCAGGUGAGGCAGGAAAAUCAGGUAGCCCAGGUAGGGAUGGGGGCGCUGGUCCCAUUGGAUUGCCAGGUGCUAAGGGCCACACUGGAGCUCCUGGUGUAGGUCAGCCAGGAAAACCAGGUGAUAAUGGCGCUCCAGGUAUGCCUGGUUCAUCUGGUCCUAAAGGUCAUCAGGGAGCAACUGGAUCAACUGGUGCUCCUGGUAUCCCUGGAUAUGGAAAGCCAGGAGCAAAUGGACAGAAAGGUGAAAGGGGAGUUGUAGGAAGCUCAGGUACAACAGGUCAGAAGGGUGAGCCAGGAGCACAUGGAUUCACUGGAGCUACUGGUGCUACUGGGCCCAUGGGUCCCACUGGUCCUCAGGGUGCAAGAGGCUUCCAGGGAGAUAAUGGGGCAAUGGGUCCCAAAGGUGACACAGGUACAAUGGGACCCCAGGGACCAAAGGGAUAUAAGGGAGAUCAGGGAGCACAAGGUUUCCAGGGCAAGCAAGGUUAUACUGGGGCAACAGGGCCAACUGGUGCCACUGGAGCCACUGGAGCUCCAGGUAACAAAGGUGACACUGGCCACACAGGUUCAACUGGUGCUUCAGGUCUCCCAGGACCUGCCGGGCCCAAAGGUUUCCCAGGGCGCAAUGGUGAGGCAGGUGAGGCUGGAGCUGCUGGUGCCCCAGGUACCAGAGGCCCGGCUGGGCCUGCUGGUCCCGCAGGUACACCUGGCCUUAAAGGACACCCAGGUUUCCCUGGCUCACCUGGCCCAGCUGGACUUGCCGUUAAGGCCACCCCCGGCCCUCAGGGUCCCCCUGGGCUCCCUGGUAGUGAUGGUCAGGAUGGUGGCCAAGGCCCUGCUGGACCUCCCGGCCCACCUGGUCCUCCUGGCGAGGUCAUUUUUGAGAAGAGCAUAGGCAUGAGUGAGGUAAUGGUGCCUACUCUUGUCAAGGUCCCAAUUUCUGCUUUCUCUGUUUCCCUGGCUAGUCCUUAUCCUCCAUCUGGGGAACCCAUUAAGUUUGACAAUGAGGUGUACAAUGCAGAGAAUCACUAUGACACUACCACUGGGAAGUUCACUUGCCAGGUCCCUGGAGUAUACUACUUCUCAUACACCAUUCACGUGAAUGGGGCUCAUGCUCUGGUGGCUCUGUACAAGAACGUCAAGCCGGUCAUGUUCAGCUAUGAUGAGUACAACAAGGGCUUCCUGGACCAGAUGUCCGGUAGCACUGUCCUUAUGCUUGAUGUGAAUGACACAGUCUACCUUCAGAUUCCUGAUGAUGAGGCCAAUGGCGUCUUUGCCGCUGAGAACGUCCAUUGCUCUUUCUCUGGGUUCCUUAUCGCUUCAACGUGAUAUCGGUGUCACCCAAUAACCACACAACAAAAUCCGCAAGCUAUUUAUCAAACAAGUUAUCUCCCUGUCUUUACCGACCAGGCAGUUCUCCCUUUUUGAGGAAUAGAAGUAUCUCAAAUUGAAAAUACAAGAAGUGGGUGCUAAGAGGAAGGAAAUCUAACACAUUAUCAGGGAUGGGGAGGCAAUCAACAAAGUUACCAAUGAUUCAGAGUUUUAUUUUGUGAGUGGAGGCAACAUGUGAAAUUGAGGUGUUAUGGCUAUGUUGUGUCCUGAAAUGUUCUUAUUUCAGUUUUUUUCUUUUUUUUUACUGAUUACAGCAAGUGAUUCUUGUUUUUGUGUAUGUCUGUGUUUUUGUACAACCUUUUUUUGGUGACCAAUCAGAUACAUUCAUUACUUUCUGUGCACCAUGUUGUACCUGACUUCCUUGUAUGGGACUUGAAUAUUGUGAAAUGGCAAUGGUCAAAUUGAGCAUAAGAAAUAAAACCAAAUAUAACACAUCACAAAAUACUGACAUACAAAUGUAAAUUGUUUACCAACAACAUUGUUAUAUUUCCAAAUAUUAAUGUCAUGUAAAGCAAAAUGACCAAAAUAAAUGUCUUUAAAACAAA